CAAACACAUGUAAUCCCUUGACACCACCUGGAAACGGUGCAAUUAGCUGUGCGGCAUGGAUAUUUGGGCAGAUGUGUACAAUGCAAUGUCAGGAAAAAUUCGAUAUUCCGUAUGGAAUCAGGACAAAUGAUGGUAGCUCGAAUUUUAACGGACAAUUUGUAUGUUCACAAAGCACAGGGCAAUACCAUCCAUCCAAUAUCGUUCCAAAUUGCUCAGAAAUUCGACAAGUGUCCUCAAGUCGUCUUCCAGGGGAGUUUUACUACUUUGCUGGUGAUUGUAAUGAUCCGGAAACACUUGCCCAAAUUAAAGAGAAAUUCAUUAAUGUGAUGAAACAGUUAGAAAUAGGUGGAUGGGCGGGCGUCUGUCCAAACAGCACUGAAUGCAAUGUUAACAACACAGAUGUAACUUGCGGACCAGUUUCAGGAAAACGUAAACGAUCAGCAGAUGAAACAGGUUAUAAUUGGUACAAUGUGCCAUCCGGGCGAUAUAGAAGAAGUACAUUUAAAAUAAGUGUUAGUUUUUCUGUGAAGACUUCCUGGCAAAAUUUUAUUUCUUCGGUGGACACUUAUAAUCUCAUGGGAAUGAUUCAACAAAGCAUCUUUGACAUUAUCAAAGGCUUGGCAGUAAAUGGAUCAUUCAAUGUGAGUGGGAUGGAUCCAGAUAUAAACUCCUUUUCCUCUGGUUUGAGUGAGCCUGAAUGCCCAGAGGGAACAGCAAUAAAACAAAGUACAAUGAGUUGUGUCCCUUGUUCCAUCGGCACCUAUCUUGAUAAUUCAAACCCCUCACAGCCUACAUGCAGAAAUUGCCCGAAGGGAUCUUAUAAAGAUUCAGAAGACACAGCCACGUGUACACAAUGUCCACAUAAUACAUUUACCCUGGACGACGGAGCUGAGUCUAUGUCAGAAUGUUUAGACAAGUGUGACUUUGGGGAGUUUUCUACCAGUGGGUUAAUGCCGUGUAAUAUUUGUCCAAGAGGCACAUUUAGUAGUAUUAAAAUGUCGAAAACUUGUGAACUUUGCCCUCAUGGAAAAACAUCAUUGUCUAAAAGCACCGCUAUAGAUAACUGUACAGAUAUCGAUAUUACUUUUGCAAAAAAGGGAGAUGCCAUUUUCUUUGACAGUAAUCAAUUUCUUGAAUCCAAAAGUGUUGCUCUUUUUGCUUGGAUUAAGAAUGACAACUCAAGCUUGGUGUUAUUGCAUGGAAAUUCUAGUUCUUUUUAUAUGACUAUUAAGUACGGAAAAACAGUCCUGGUGGAUAUCAACGGAUCCAAACAUAGCCUUAAUAUAACCGGGGAUAUGCAAGACUGGCAUCAUGUAGUUUUAAUCAUCAGCACAGAAACUGACACAAUCAGUGUCUAUAUAAAUGGAGUAAUCAAUGCUCAAACAAACCUGAACAGUGUUGGAAAUGUCAGUGUGAUAAGACCCGACUUAAGCUUUGCUAUAUUCCUGACUGAGGACGCAUCAUCAGACAUUUCGAUAACGGGAUAUCAAUUAACAUCAAAUAUUCCUUCCGAUGACGAAAUUCUUCUACAUUCAUCGGCAUGUAAUUACACCAGGAACGAUACUUUAGUUACAUUUAGUGAUGUUGACUGGGACACUGUCGAUAAUUCUCUAAUCAAAACACAAAGCCAUUGUGACAUUGUCAACCAGUGUAUUCCAAAUCCAUGUAAUGGUCACCCAUGCAUAGACUUAGUUGGAAACUACAGAUGCAGCUGCAAUGAUAGUUUCACUGGUGAGACAUGUGAAGUUCCCCCCGACUACUGUAUCAUAGCACCAUGCCAAAAUGGCGGCGUUUGUCAGAAUGGAAACAACACCUACACAUGCACAUGUUCAGGAUCUUACAAAGGAGCAAAUUGUGAAAUUGAUGUCGUGAACGGCGGUUGGAGUGCAUGGAGUGAUUUUUCUGAGUGCUCAGUGACAUGUAAUGGAGGCAUUAAGACGAGAUCUCGUGCUUGUAAUAAUCCAAUCCCUGAUCCUGAAGGACUUGACUGUAACUCUUCUCUGUCGACUGAAAGUUUGCUAUGUAACACUAAGGAAUGUCCAUCUUGUGCAGAACUUAAACUUUCUUUUGGUAAUGUGGUAAACUGCUCGAAUAUUAAUGGGGACACAGUUUGUGAAGUAUCUUGUAUAGUGGGAUACACGUUUGUACCAGGAAAUCUUCCUCUAAAGGAGUAUAGAUGUGGACAAAGCACUGGUUAUACUUGGAAUGGUCUUACACCUGCUUGCGGAAAGGCAAAAAUGCCCGACAGAUUAUCAUCAACAACUGAAAUCGAGUACAACUCUUCAAUUUCAUGCGCCGAUUCAUCGACUGUCUUAAAUACUCUUCAGAGUAAUUUAGAAUCAUCAUUGUCGUGCUACAAUGAAGGGAUAUGUGAACUAUCAACAACAAUCAAUGAAUGUGAAGGUAAAAUGGAAACAAACUCUUUGCAAAUAACCUUGACGGCAACACUUCCCGACGAAGAUUUGAAUUUGGGACAUUUUUAUUCAACAGGAAACUUGAGCAAAGCUUUACAAAGCUUAGUAAAUAUAGUGGUAGAACUAGAAAAUUCUACAAGGAAAAUAAACGAAUCCAAUGAUAUCCUUACCUUCGACAUGGGCGGGGUUAAAUAUUCGCCUUCAAUACAACAAGCUACAGGAAUUGUUGUGUGCGGACUUGGACAAGGCAGUGAUGGGCCGAUUUGCAUUGAUUGUCCAAUAGGCACAUAUUCAACCAGCGGAAAGUGUCUUCUAUGUCCACGAGGAACUUAUCAAAGUGAAAUAGGAGGAGCUGAGUGCACAAAUUGUCCUUCUGGUUUUACUACAAAAUUUGAAGGAUCUCAAAAUGCUGCAAAUUGUUCUGAAGUGACAAAUACAACUCAGGACCCCCUUUCGAAAAUUCCUGAAAGCAACACCGCAGGAGUCAGUGAAGCUGUGAUCAUUGCAGUGCCUGUGACAAUCGGGGUGGUUUUUCUGAUUGCACUGAGUGUUUUCUUUUGGAAUUAUUACUUAAAAAUCAAAAAUAGCAAGUUUGAUUACUCAGUGCUACUGUGUUUAGAUAAUAGAGACACCUUUGUCCCUGCUAAAGCGUAA